UGUGUGCAGUCAGCAUGGGCUGCGUUUGUUCCUAAUUCUUUUUCAUCUAAUUUAAUUUCUUUUUAAAUCGUUCCACAUCCUUGGUUUCGCAAAAAGUGGCAGAGCAUAACCCACCGGCGUGCCAAGAAACAUUUAAUCUAAUGUAAACAGAUCGCAAAUCAAUGAAAGAUGUCAUGGUUCCCUCAGUAUCGCAGUUCAAAGUUCCGCCACGUCUACGGCAAGGCCGCCAGCAAGGAGAACUGCUAUGACUGCAUCCCCAUCACCCGGAGCGUCCAUGACAACCACUUUUGCGCUGUGAACCCACGUUUCAUUGCUGUGGUAACAGAGUGUGCGGGAGGCGGCGCCUUUCUUGUGAUACCAGUAAAUCAAACAGGAAAACUUGAUCCGCACUACCCUCGCGUCUGUGGGCACAAAGGCAAUGUGCUGGAUAUUAAGUGGAACCCCUUCAACGACUUCGUCAUCGCUUCUUGCUCUGAAGACACUUCUGUGAAAGUCUGGAAUAUUCCACAUCAUGUGCUAACCAAAAACAUUACACAUGCGCAGAAGGAACUUCUGGGUCAUGCGCGAAGGGUGGGGCUUAUUGAAUGGCACCCAACAGCAAGUAACAUCCUUUUCAGCACUGGUUAUGAUUACAAGGUCAUGAUCUGGAACCUUGACACCAAAGAGUCCGUCGUUCAAGUGCCGGUGAAGACAAUCAGCUUUCACACAGACGUGAUUCUCUCCAUGUCAUUCAACACAGAUGGGAGCCUCCUGGCCACAGCCUGCAGGGACAGGAAAAUAAGGAUCCUUGACCCACGAGCAGGAACCCUGGUACAGGAGGCGAGCAACAAGUCCCACCGAGUGAACAAGGUUUUGUUUUUAGGCGAUAUGAAAAAGCUCAUCUCCACGGGGACGUCCAGGUGGAAUAACAGGCAAAUUGCACUAUGGGACCAGGAUGACCUUUCUGUGCCUUUACUAGAGGAGGACGUUGACGGCUCGUCGGGGCUCUUGUUUCCUUUCUAUGACUCUGACACACACAUGCUGUAUGUAUUGGGCAAGGGUGAUGGGAACAUCAGGUACUACGAGAUAAGUUUGGAGAAGCCAUACCUCAAUUACCUGAUGGAAUACCGUUCCCCUUUACCCCAGAAAGGAAUCGGAACCAUGCCAAAGAGGGGUCUGGAUGUCUCUUCCUGUGAGAUCUUCCGAUUCUAUAAACUGAUUCCAGUGAAGAGCUUGAUUGAGCCUGUUUCGAUGAUUGUGCCUCGGCGGUCUGAAUCGUACCAGGAAGACAUUUACCCAUUGACAGCUGGAGUCCAGCCAGCACUGACAGCGCAAGAAUGGCUGAACGGCUUAAACAAAGGUCCGGUCUUGAUGUCGCUGAGACCUGGCUCUGUAAUCUUAAACUCACCGCUGGAAGCAACAGAGCCAGUCCCGUACCAGAACGGGCCCGAAACCACUGAAAAGCCAAGCAGAAUCCAGGAGAAAUGGGGGCACUGGAAAGCAGAGGAAAGGGGUCCGGAGGACAAGAAAGUGGGGCUGACUAAUGGCUUUGAUGCAUUUGAGUGUCCUCCACCUAAAACUGAAAAUGAGCUGCUACAGGUGUUCUACAGGCAGCAGGAAGAAAUCCGGAGACUGCGGGAAGCGCUAAUCCAGCGGGAUGUCCAGAUUAAACAGUUGGAGCUGGAGAUCAAAAACAUUCCUACGGAUACGGGCCGAUUCUGACCAGAUGUGGCCUGGCAGCCUGCAGAAGGGAGCUCAGCUCCAGGGAAAAUGUGGCCUCCCGCUUACUACUGUUGGGAGAUGGCGGCCUGGAAGAAGGAAAAACCUCAGAUUCUCCUGUCGGAUGCCCAGUUUCUUGCCACUGGGUGCGGCCGGGGUUGUCACUGGUGCUGUUUUGCUUAGUGCUUUCCACGAGGAUCUCCUAUUAAAAUGGGCCCGAGUGUCCCUCCCCCACAAAAGCUGGAGCAGCCUCAAGGUGAAGAAAGACCCCCCACCAGCCUUCUGUGCCUUUGCAUGCGUGGAGUUUCCACUUAGGAGCAAACAGCCUGCAGCACCCGUCCGUGCUUAUUUGGACUCUCUUUGGACCCUGCCGGGCUGCCCAGCGCUGUACUCUAGACGAUCCCCAAAGGAGAUGAAGAUCAUCCUCCAUUAGCUUUAUGGAUAUUUCUUUGCAAAUACUAUUGUUUCCUACAGGUAAAGGGCAGAAGAAGGGAAUUCUGGAAUCCACUAUCAAAAGAAAUCAUGUUUUUUUAAUAAUAACACUUAAUUUGAUUUGAUUUAUAUACCGCCCUUCAGGACUACUUAAUGCCACACUCAGAGCAGCUUACAGGGUGUGAUGUUGUUAUCCUCAUGACAAUCACCCUGUGAGGUGGGUGGGGCUGAGAGAGCUCUGAGAGAGCUGUGACUGACCCACGGUCACCCAGCUGGCAUCACUCAGAGGAGGGGGGAACCUGAUCCGGUUCUCCAGAUUAGAGUCCUGUCACUUUUAACCACUUCACCAAGAAGGCUCUUUUGAGCGGACUAAUUGACUGUGGGGAGGAGGAGAAAUGCCAGGCAUUUGAAAGGGACAUUUUGGUUGUUGAGCAGAGGGGAAGACGGCCAGGUCUUACUGCUGAAGCUCAGCAUGUCUGAACCGGAGAAUGCCUGUUGGUACACAACUAUCUUGCAGCUUUGCCGAUAGUCUUUUCCUCCUAGGAUCAGUUCAUGCCUUAAGCCAGCAAGGGAGAGCUUGUCCCAUUCUGUAAGAUGACUUCUUUCCACUUGUCACUGGGCUGCCUUUACUCUUUUUCGGCUUCCUUCCCUCCGAACAGUGAGCCAGAGAGUCAGGCAGUGCAGUCUAGUGUUCGGAGAAAGGCCUAGUCCCAGGCCUGGUCCCAAUCAUAUAUUCUAUCUCUUACCCACUUUUCAGAGUGCUUCAGUCUGCUCUUCUUUCAGAUUCCUUUCCAUUUGGGCCAUUGAUGCUGGGUGAAGCAUCAGGCAUUUAUUUCAUUAUAAAUUAAACAAAUAACUACCUGAUGCUUCACCCAGCCUUCUGUUCAGUCUGUUCCUUGUUAAUUUUUUUCUUUCAUGCUAGUCCAUGCAAAGCACUACCGUCCAGAUCAUUUUCCUUGCCUGUCUCAGGGCUGACCACUUCAGUUGUCCAAAGAUUGUCAAACCCUGGGUGGUAAUGGGAGAGGUCCUUUUUGAAUCUAUCAGGCUUUUAAGCAUUUCUUUCUGACCUUGGGGACUAGAAACAUUAAAGAGCUUCUGAGUUCUGACGAGACCGGGCUGACCUGGGCUAUCCAGCUCAGAGCCCCACCCCCUAUAACUGCUUUCUAAUGCUGAAGAAAACAUGCAGCGGGCACCUAAGGAAAGGCAGGAUAAAAACACAAUUAAAUAAAUAAUAUUUGGCAUUCCCCCCUCCUUAAGGUUUGGUGUUUGAACUUCACGCACAGGACGAUAUACACCUUUCACUGUGAGAUCUCAGUGGUCAGGGGAGGAGCUGCGUUACCGGACGUGACGUGUCUUUCCCAGGUGUUGAGGCCGGUGCAGUGCUUGACCUGUGGAAGCAUAGCCUGAAAAGGGGGACCCUGACGGGGAUUCUGAAGUCUCAGUCUCUAAGGCAGAGACCCAUGUUGCAGUGCGAACGGACAAACAGAAGCAUCCAUUCCCAAAAGCAGGGCUUUUUUUCUAGAAAAAGAGGUGGUGGAA